GUUCGAAUCAAAGCGAUCCCUCAUUUACAACCUCCUACGAGCGCGCUAGACCAUGUCGACGCGCUCGACACAAACUGUCCUAGAGACGCCGGCGAUGCUAAGGAAGAGAUCAGGCUUUCUGGUCCUUGCCGAAUAUGACAAGGCCGGCGCUCUGAAGACCAAGUAUAUCGAGUCGGCUCCGACUGCCGGAUCAUCUAGGGUCGAUCUUACGCUCCCUCCCAAAAGAAAGAAGCCUUGGCAAGAGCUUCUCGAAAUCUUCUUGCCAGAUGGCUAUCCGCAUAGCGUUACAGACGACUAUGCUGAAUAUCAGAUUUAUGACUCUCUUCAAGCUUUUGCUGGCACUAUUGCCGGCAUGAUUUCCUCGCGUGCUGUUUGGCAAGGGCUGGGUGUUGGAGACUCAUUAGCAUCACCGACUGGGGCUAUGCUCAUCCAAGUCACCAGAGAGUCCAUGGGAAGGCUCGCAACCAUCACAUUUGCUCAUCUGUUUGCGACUUCGAUUGAAGCAGAAUGCAAGGCAUAUCGCAUGGCCUGUGAUCUGCUGACCGACACAGCGAUGGUUCUCGACUGCGCGUCUCCUUAUUUUCCGCAAGAAGCCAGGUUUCUGGUUCUCUGUCUCUCCAGCAUCCUAUACUCCGCAUCUGGCGUCGUUGGGAACGCAUCAAAAAGCAGUCUUAGUGGUCACUUUGCCAAGUGGAAUAAUCUCGGCGAGCUCAAUGCUAAAGACGCCAGCCAGGAGACAGCUAUUUCUCUCAUAGGAAUGCUUACGGGAACGUUUUUGCUGUAUUUCCUGACUGACGAAACAUUAUCAUGGAUCGCGCUCUUUCUCCUCCUUGGCGUUCACCUUCUUCUCAAUUGGAAGGGCGUUCGAGCAGUACACUCACGUCAGCUAAAUCGCCAACGUGCCAACAUUGCUCUGUCGGCAUUAUUUUCGAAAGAAGAAGUCCUCACACCACUGAAAGUUUCCCAAAGAGAACUCAUCUUCGAGAAGCGAAGGGGAGAAGUCUUUCGCUGGAACUCCGGGCCAGUUUUUGGCCACUGCAAGUAUGGAGUGCCCCUCAAGACCCUGCUUGAAGCUUUGGCCUAUGGAAAGAACCACGAGAUGUCCUUCCAGCUUUCAAGUGUUGACCUACAUACAAUCAUGGAUGUAUUCGACCGCGAGGAGUACGUUCUCUGGUGUCAGGUGUCGACCACGGCCAACGACGUAGCCUCCAGAAUCAAGGUUAUUGUUGUCCUGAAAGAAGGCGUGACGCCGAGGUCACAGCUCAAAGCUUGGUUUCAUGCUUUGUUGCUGGCCAGAAGACUGAGCGGACAGGAAGAGGCGAACUUGGCGCGAGCUGAAUUUGAUCAACAAGCAAUGUUAGGCCACGUGGAAGAAAGUUUGCAAAUCGCCAACGAAAAGUAUGAGCUGUACGCAAGGAGGCUGGCUUCUGCAGGCUGGAACAUCGAGGUUCCUGUGUUGGAGACCCGAGCAGGCUCUCGCAUUGUUCGGGAGCCUGACGAGAUGACAUCGCACUGA